AUGUUCAAUUGGUUGCGUGAUGUACUCUCCAAUACUCCAUCAUCUUUUGGUUAUCAUCAUUCAAGCACACCUUCAUCUGUUUUUCGUCAACAAAAACAAAAACAACAACAAAAACAAAAACAAAAAAAAGAACAAAUUUCUUCCGAUGAUGAUGAAGUAAAUCAAUUAAAUGAUAAAUCAUUUUAUCAUAAUCCACAUCAUUCAAGUGGACAAAUGAAUUAUGUUGAUGUUCCACAACAACAAUAUACUAACGAAAAUACAUAUCCAACAUAUCUUGCAAGACAACAAAUAUCUGAUAUAAAAAAUCAAACUGUUGAUGAUCAAAUUCAUUCAAAAUUAUUAUCAUUACAAGAACUUCCAAAUCAAUAUCAAUCUUAUGCACAUAGACAAAAUAAUUAUGCCUUUAGAAAUAGAUCUAUACCAACAACACCAAUUCCAUCUUCGACACUUCAUUCUUCCUUAAUUUCUAAUUCAAACGAACAAAGGAGAAGUAAUAAUAAGGAACGGUCUGAUGACGAUGAACAAGAAGAAGAAGAUGAUGAUGAUGAUGAUGAUGAUGAUGAUGACGAUGAGGAUGAUAGAAGAUCAUCAUCGAUUGGCAAUUAUCAUGGUAUUCCUGGUUAUUAUUCCGGUCAAUAUCCUCAUAUUGAUGAACAAUUUGAUUUUGCAUCCGUUGUUUUUUGGUACAAAAAUGUCAUGCAAUCAGUUAAAAAAUUUCUACCAACCAGUCAUAAUUAUAUUCAUUCUGAAAGAGAUGACUAUAAUAAUCAUCAUUAUUCUAUAAGUAGUAAAAGUCCAAUAUUAUCAAGAAGAUCUAAUGAAGAAAAUGUUUUAUCAAAUCAUGAAAAUGAACAUAUAAACAUUCCAUUAUCAUCAUCAAAAGUAAAAUGGAUGGAUGCUGUACGAACUGUAACACAAUUAAAUCAAGUAAGAAAAAAAAGAAACAAAUGUUAA